AUGCCCAGCUCUUCGCAACAACCUCUUCGCCAGUCUGGCAUCUAUCAUAACCUUCCCACCUUUGACUCGAGCGCGAGGGAUCUCAAGGCCAUAGUAUGCGGAGCAACUGGAAUCUCAGGCUUCAACACCAUCCGCUCUCUCCUCGACACGCCCGACCGCUGGUCCAAGAUCUACGCCCUAUCCCGCUCACCCAUCUCUAAAGAGCUCCUCUCCUUCCUCACAGAUGAGCAGCGCGCCCGCCUGCAGCACAUCUCCAUCGACCUCAGCUCCUCCAGUGAUGAAAUCGCCAAAUCACUCAAAGAAGCUGGCGCAGAAGCCGACUACAUCUUCUACUACGCCUACCUCCCUCCUGGCAACGGAAAAAGCGACAUGGACCCCAGUUCCGCCGAAGCUCUAAUCGAAGCCAACGUGCCCCCCUUCAAGAACUUCCUCGGCGCCCUCCCAAUUGCAAACAUCAAACCCAAACGCUUUCUCCUCCAGACGGGAGGCAAGAACUACGGCAUGCACAUUGGCCGUGGCCGCAACCCAAUCGUCGAAUCUGACCCCCAGCCCAAACACCUCAGCCCAAACUUCUACUACCACCAAGAAGACCUACUCUUCAAGUUCUGCGAACAAUACCCAGAGACAGACUGGAACAUCAUCAUGCCCGCAGCCGUCAUCGGCGCCGUGCAAAGCGCAGCCAUGAACACGUUUCUCGCAUACGGCGUUUACGCCGCUGUCCAAGCGCACAGGAAACAACCUCUUCAGUACCCCUCAGACUUCCACAGCUGGCAAUCCGGAUACACGCAUUCCACCGCGCGUCUAACCGGGUACCUGAGUGAAUGGGCGGUGUUGGAGGACUCAGCCAAGAACCAGCGUUUCAAUGCUCAAGACGGCGAGCUCAUCAGCUGGGACCGAUUCUGGAACGAGCUUGCCCGUUGGUUCGGCGUCGACACUGUGCUUGGUCCUGAGGAGGACGAGUCGAAAUACGAGAGCAAGUACUUCGCUGGCGGUAAGGACUGUCCACUUGGUUACGGUCCCCCCAUUGAGCUCAAACUCGCACACUCGCUGUGUAAAUGGGCGGAGGACCCUGCGGUGCCGAAGGCCUGGGAGGAGAUGAUGGAGCAGUCGAACGGGCAGCUGACGGUCAACAUCCCGGAGAAGGACAAGCAGACGUUGGUGAUGGCGGACUUUUCUUUUACCUAUCUGGGUACGUUGUCUGGGACUAAGGUGCGCAAGUUUGGGUUCAGUGGGUUUGUUGAUACUAUCGAGAGUGUAUUUGAGACGUAUCAGGAUAUGGCGAAGCUGGGUAUGUUGCCGCCUAUGAAGGUCGAUUCUGCGAGGGGGCUUGUGUAG